CAGCUGAGGUUUAAAGUUCAUAUAAUGUUCAAUGCCAGGUUAAUGUUGUACUAGUUCUAUAAGCAGGGUACAGUUAAGCAUGGUAUAUAGUUAAGCUAUUCAGUGCAAAUAUACAUAGAUCAAUAUGGCUUUGCUUCAAGUAGCCACAGAUUUGAUAUUAGGGAACAUAACUGCAACACUGAUAUUUCUUAUUGUGUUUUGUGUUCUAUGGAAGUAUUUACAACCUAGUAGUUAUGUCUUGCCUCCAGGACCAAGGCCAUGGCCAGUGGUGGGGCACUUGCAUAUGUUUUCACCAUUUGGAGAGGUAGGCCCUCAUGAGCGAAUAUGGGAUUUAGCAAAGCAAUAUAAAUCCAAAACUAUUGGACUUUAUCUUGGACCAUAUUAUGCAAUGAUGUUGCAUGACUAUGAUGAUGUUAAGAAAAUGUUUGCCAUGGAUGAAUUCUCUGGCCGUGGUAAUGUACCUUUUUGGAAGAUAUUUCUUGGAGGGCUAGUUGGAAGUGAUGGUCCAAGAUGGAAGGAACAACGCAGGUUUUCAUUGAGUACACUUAGAGAUUUUGGUCUUGGGAAAAACAAAUUAGAAAAAAUCAUUCAUGCUGAAGCAGAACAUUUGUUUGAAGUUUUUGACAGUUACAAGGGUAAACCAAAAGACAUAUCUAUUGUGAUUAACAAUGUUGUCUCAAAUAUCAUUUGUUCGUUGAUAUUUGGACACCGUUUUGAUUAUGAUGACCCCACAUUUGUGCAUAUGUUAGAGUUAAUGGAAGAGAAUUUCAAUAAGAAUUUAUUUCCAGUUUCAAUUGGAUCCAUGACUCCUGGGUUAAAAUACCUUGAUAAAAUACUACCAGGAGACAUUUUUAAGUUCAGACGCACUGUUGAGGUGAUGAAUGAAAUGAGAACAACAGUUAUCAAAACUGAAUAUGAAAGCCAUAAGGCAAAAUAUGAUCCCAACAUCAUCGAGGACUAUAUUGAUGCAUUUUACAAAGAAGUGAAGGCAAGAGAAGGCAAGGAGCAAACAGAAGAGCAUUGGUUUACAGAGAAGCAACUGAAUAUGAACAUUGAAGAUCUUUUUCAAGUUGGUACAGAAACAACAACGACAUCAUUGAAAUGGAUCAUUCUAUACAUGAUGCACUUUCCCGAAAUCCAAGAAAAAGUUCGAGCUGAGAUACAUAAUGUUAUAGGUCAUGACAGACUGCCUUCUAUGCGGGAUAAGACAGAUCUACCCUUUACAGAGGCAGUGUUUACAGAGGUGCAACGGAAGCAAGUAAUUCUACCUCUGAGUAUAGGGAAUUGCACUUUUGACAAACCAACUGAAUUUGAGGGUUAUGUACUUCCUCCCUAUACACGUAUUUAUGCAAAUAUUCAUGCUAUCCAUCAUGAUCCUGAAUAUUGGAAAGAACCAGACAAAUUCAUUCCUGAGCGAUUCCUGGAUAAAGAUGGAAAAUACUGUGCAGAUGAAAGAAUGUUGACAUUUUCAACAGGGAAGCGUGCUUGCCUUGGAGAGGGACUUGCAAGAAUGGAGCUUUUCAUAUUUGCAACUGCAAUCCUACAGAAGUACAGAUUAGUCAAGUCAGAAAAGGCACCAUUACCACCCCUUAGAUUUUUGAAAGGAAGUUCAACAUUCAUACCACAACCAUAUGAAGUAUGCCUCAUAAGAGUCUAAUCCAGUCAUCAAAGACAGUAUGUUGAUACAACAAUGAUCGAAAAAGUAUGCUGAAGACAUUAAGCAAUUGUGAAACACAAUACAGUAUUCAUUUGUAAAUAACUUGUGUACGUGUACAUAACAAACAAUAGACCUUUCCAAUAACACUGUCAUUUUACUGCACCCAAGAAGCUAGGAUAUAUUGGCCAUUUUCGUGUCAUAGGCUGUAGGUAGCAAUGUUUACAAACAAAAUUUUUAGAAGUUUUUGAAGUAAUUCCUAUUUUUGAUUGUAAACAUUGCUACAUAUGACCUUUCACACCAUGAGUCAAGCAAAUAUAUUUUUGCUUUGUUUUGUUGAUUCUGUAAUGUGUAUUGUAUAUUAGUGAUAAUAUUAAUUUGCUAUCUAAACAUGAUAAGUAUAAAAUCAUGAACAAAUUAAUGGAUAUUUUUACAUAUUUUGUAUCAGUGUAAGAAAAGAUAUUACAUUCGUUAAUAUAGUUUCGAACAAUAGUUUGAACUAUUCCAUUUAUGUUAUGC